AUGAAGACAAUGAAAGUUGAAAAAGAUCUUAAAUCCAAAGAGGCAGAGGUAAUGCAGUUAAAGAAACAAGUCAAUGAAUUAGCAAAGGAAAAUCAAUGCCAGCAAACAAGAAUCAAUGAAUUGGAAACUGCUUGUAAACCCUUAGAAAAUGAACAGAUCCAUUGUGAUGAAAUGGCGACUAGAAAUAUAGAGCACUUGCAAAACAUUCUUAAAGACGGAAAAAAGACAGCUGCUGAUGAGUACAAAAAGCUAUCACCAAAACAGGACUCUUUACAAGAAAGGGUACAGGAAAAUGAUUUAAAGUUUAAAUCUUUGCAACAUUCAAUGGAAGAGCUACAAAAAGAAAAUGCGACAGUAUUAGCUAAAUUAAAUGAAGUUAGAAAGGAGAAUGAGAAAUUGUCAAAAGAACUCCAUUGUUAUAAAAAAGCAGACCAAGGAAACAUUGAAACGGAUAUGAAAAUAAAAGAAUGCGAACGUGAUUUGGAUAGAAAGAAAAGCAAGCUCGUUUAUAUAGUAAAGGUUGAUCUACCAACGGGGUAUUGA